AUGGCUGUGGAAACCGACGCUGCAACUGCUACAGAGUUGGCUCUCGCUGAUACCGACAUCAACUGGGACAGGUUGGAUAAGAUGAGAUUUCAUGUCAUUGGGGCCAUCCUCUUCACUGCUCAGUUGGCGUUAAUUCAUCCAACAGCAGUUGUGAAGACUAGAAUGCAAGUUGCUAGUUCUGGACUCUCUCACAUGAGUGGAUUAUCUGUUUUUAGACAAAUUCUCAAACAUGAUGGUAUCCCAGGCAUUUUCAGAGGCUUUGGCACUUCUACCAUCGGAUCAUUGCCUGGCAGGGUCUUGGCUUUGACAUCACUUGAAGUAUCAAAAGAUAUGAUGCUGAAAUGCACAGAAGGUCUGGAUAUGCCUGAAGCAACUCGGGUUGGCAUUGCAAAUGGAGUGGCAGGCAUGUUGUCGAACUUAAUUUCCUGUGUGUACUAUGUCCCAUUGGAGGUGAUUUGCCAGAGACUAAUGGUACAAGGGCUUCCGGGGAUUACAUUUUGCAAUGGUCCAUUUGACAUUGUGUGCAAGGUGGUGAAGGCUGAAGGAAUCCGUGGAAUGUAUAGAGGCUUUGGAUUGACGGCUGUGACCCAAUCCCCUGCAUCUGCACUUUGGUGGGGUGCCUAUGGUGCUGCCCAACACAUCAUAUGGAGGAGCUUGAGCUGUGCAGAGAAUUUGGAAAAGAAACCAUCUCAUUUAGAUAUUGUUGCAGUUCAGGCUACGGCAGGAAUGGUGGCUGGUGCCUGUUCAUCAGUUGUUACUACUCCCAUAGACAUUGUAAAGACACGACUUCAGGUUAUUGAUGAUUAUGGUGCUGGAAGGCCAUCAGUAAUCAGGACAGCGAAGACACUUCUUAAAGAAGAUGGAUGGAGAGGCUUCUAUAGAGGGUUCGGACCCCUGUUCUUGAACAUGUCUCUCUAUGGAACUACCAUGAUUGUUACUUAUGAAUUGAUAAGACGAAAAUAUGCCCUCCUAGUCGAUAUGAUAUUUGAUUCACCAGAUCUUUGUUCGUUUUCAGGGAAUGCAAGAACCCCUCAGAUGCCAUUGAAACAACAUGGUAUUUUCAUGAGGCAUGUGAAUUUUCAUGGUUGUCUAAAGAUGGGGCUGUCUUUCACCAAGCUUUUUAGUCGCCUGUUUUCUAAGAGAGAAAUUCGCAUUGUUAUGGUUGGUCUUGAUGCUGCUGGUAAAACCACAAUUUUGUAUAAGCUCAAGUUGGGUGAAGUUGUCACGACUAUCCCUACCAUCGGAUUUAAUGUGGAGACUGUUGAGUACAAGAACAUUAACUUUACUGUAUGGGAUAUUGGUGGUCAGGACCAGAUUAGUCGUUUGUGGAGGUUUUACUUCUCGAACACACAAGGGCUUAUCUUUGUGGUCGAUAGCAAUGAUCGAGAUCGUGCGGGUGAGGCAAGAGAUAAGCUGCACAAGUUGUUGAAUGAGGAUGAAUUAAAGGAUGCCGUGUUGCUUGUGUUUGCAAACAAGCAAGAUCUUCCCAAUGCAAUGAAUGCUGCUGAGAUCACUGAUAAGCUUGGCCUUCAGUCUCUCCGACAGCAACGCUGGUAUAUCCAGAGCACAUGUGCCACUUCUGGAGAAGGGCUAUACGAGGGACUGGAUUGGCUUUCAAACAACAUUGUUAACAAG